GAAAAUUUACAAAAUGGCUUCGGAAGUGAAGCAGAAGCCAAAAGGCAUUUUAAAAGCCUCUUCCAGCUUUGACAAACCAGAUCAUCAACAUCCUCAUUCAAAAGAAAUGAAAUGGGAUGAAAUGAACAUAUUGGCUACCCAUCACCCUGCAGAUAAGGACUAUGGUCACAUGAAAAUAGAUGAGCCAAAGACCCCAUACAGUAAAUUAUCAGACGCAGAAGACGAUGAAGAAGGUGGUAGACGUCACAGUGUAUCUGAAGAACCAGGGGUUGAUCCCAAGUCAAUAGCAUCUAGGUUACAGACAGUAGAAGAUAGAAACAAAUUACAUGCUAAAGUGUCUGAAGAGGAAUCCUCCUCAGAGGAAGAGGAAGACGAGAUGGAAACAGAGGAAAUGCGAGCACAACGCAGAGUAUUUGAACAAAAAAGAAAGCUGCAUUAUAAUGAAUUCCAAGCGGUUAAAUUAGCAAAACAGUUGAUGGAGGAAGAAGAGGAGAUAGAUGAAGAAGAUGAAAAUGAUGAGGAGGAAGUUCAAGAUUCUGAUAAAAAAAAAGAUAGCAUUCAAGAGCAGGAUAAAACAGUUGAUAAAGUUCAAAAUCAGGAUAAAACUCAGGCCGACUCAUCAGCAAAAAAUACAUGAUUUGUGUAUGUGUUAAAUAGAUGUAGAAUUUUCAAAUUGAUUCAUUGAAGUUCCUGUCAGUGAAAAGAAAAUAUUAUGAUGAUUUACCAAUUUGCUGUUUAGGAAAAUUGGGCAAUUUUUUAACUUUUAAGGUCUGAACCCAAAACAUAUAUAAAGCUGUUAAUUCCUUUCAGGAAUUUGUGUUGUUGUAGGGUGUUGUUAUGUGUUUGAACACAAGGGCCAUAAUUAUAUCUAAGGGGCUUUGUUGCAAUAAGAUGGGCCAUAAAACCUGAUGUUUUCUAUGUCCUAUUUGCUUCAAUAUCAUAUUUCUUUACUUCCAUCAGUUAACAUUAAUUGAUUGAUACAAUUUGUUUGAAAUUAUGAUUAUAUAUCGGUAAAUAUUUUUUAUGAGAACUGGGUAUUUAUAGAAUUUAUUAUCAGUUUAUUCGAUGAUUUUCUUGAUUCUUAGAGAAAAAUUUGAUAAAAUUUGGCAUAUAUGGAAAGAUUUUAUUGAUAUGAAUGUCAUAAAAUAAAAUUGCUACAAUGAUAUUUUUGGGAAUAAGAAUUCAUUUCUUUCCACAUCCAAGGGUAAAUUUCUUUUAUUUAGAGUGAUUAUAAACUAUAUUGCAGGUAUUUAAAUUCACUCCGCUUCAAAUCAAAACUACUAUUGACCUAGUCAGAAGUGAUCAGAUGUAUAUUUUGUAUUUUUGCUUAUAUUAAUUUAAAACAAAAAAAAUCAAUUGUGUUUAUUGAUACACUGUAACUUUUAAUUGGAAUGAACAUACUAACAUCAAGUGUCCAUGAUAAUUCAUAUAUACUGGGUAAAUUUGGGAUUUUUGAAGGAAGUGUCUAAUCUAAACCUGCCUUUAUAAAUAGUUUUAUAUAAUAUACUACUUUGGUUUAACAAAAUCAGUGAGCUGUGAUUCUAUAUUGCUACAUUCCUGGUUUAUAUUAGGCCAAAUGAAAAAAAGUUAUGGUUCAAGUUUCCAGACCAACCAUUAAAUUUUGACCCUUACAAUAGAUUUUUUUGUUGAGCUAGUGAAUAUCAAGUAUGACUAUUUAUAAAAAUGUUUGCAUCUAAUCAUACUGAAGGUAGAAGUAUUAAUGAGCCUUUGUCCCACCUAGAUCUUAUUUUACAAAGUAAUGCAAAUUUUGAAAUACCUUUUUUUUUAAUAAAGGGCCAGUGAAUAUAAAAGCACUUCAAAAUAUAAUUUGAAAUGAAAGUAACACAUAAAUUGUCUCCAUUUUCUUCCUCCUGUUAGGGAGACACAUAAUCUUGUGAGCAGUGUAUUAAAGUUGACAUGCUUUGAUCAGUUCAUCUUACAUGAAAAACAAAAUGAUUUUUUGCUUUAAAGGGCAGCAAUACAUGGUCAUGAAGUUCAAAUUCUCCAAGAAUGAUUUGAAAAGAAAAUAAUAUUUUUCAUUGUUACCCUUGUAGUUUUGAUAAUAAAACAAAGAAAUUGGGAAAAUGAAGUUUUUGAAAAUGUUGAAGAACCUAGUCAAAUUUGAAAAUUGCAGAUAACAAAAGCGACUGAAAGCAAGUAUUGUGAACAACAGGGUGACUAAAUAUCGCUUUUGAUGGUUGGGCAAAGCGAAGUGACGGACGGGAAAGCGGCUUUGUCGCCCCAGUCACCAGCUAGCGUGAGCCCUGAGAACCUAUCUAAUUUAAACUGCUCUACAAAGAACUCUAAAUAAAUACACAAAUAUAUAUACAAGUUUAAAAAUGUGGCAUAUGACCUUUAGAUUUUCAAUGUCUUCUUAGUAUGCUCUGAAUAAGAUUACAUAGAACUAAAAUAAAAAAAUCUUAAACUUCUGAUACAAUUUGAAAUAACAUAUAACCAGGACUUACAAUAUUAUUUUGAUUUGCCUGUUGAUAUUUUACAACUGGUACAUUGAAGUGGACAUAGAAAGUAUAGGGUUAUACAAUUUUAUAAGUGCUAGAUUCUUUAUAUACUUUAUAUACAUGUAAAUAGGUUUUAUUGCAAGGUCAGCAUAAGGUCAAUACCACAAAAUUCUGCCAUGAGUAUUUUUAUACUUUUUCUUUAAUAGGUGAAUUAUAAUUACGGCAAGGACAUAUACUAGUUAUGUUAGUUACAUCCUUGUGAGGUAACAAAGAUAUGUUGUCUAUAUUUUUUUUCAUAUUUCCAUUCUUUCAUUACCUUUUAUCAGAUAACAAUGUUUCCUUAUAACCAAUGGAAGUGUUUAUAACAAAACCUGCAUUGACGUUUUUGAUUGGACAGUGGUUUUUGACCUUGAGUUAUCUAUGCAUGUCAUCCAUAUAUAUUUGUAGUCAUGUUCCCUUUAAAGAUACUAUUGUAUUUUGUUGUCAUCCAUAAUCAUGAAACCAUAUCAGGGAGUCUUCCUUCUGUUAUCAUUGUUAGAUGUAUCCAACUGUUGCUUUCAGUCUAUUUUAAUAACCGCUUGUACAAUGUACAAACUCUUUAUUGUUUAUUUUAUCAAAUAUACAAUUCCUAUCAGACAUUAAUUUUUGGAGCUUAUUUAAUUUUACAAAGUGUAGAUGAAGUUACAGUUAAGAUGCACAUAAACAUUAAACAUUUUUGUUCAGAUGAAUGAGAUGCAGAAAUUAAAACUUGUAUUCAACUAAUUGUAAUAGUUGGGGAUCUUUUCUGAAUGUGAAUGGGGGUUUACAGAAUAAAGAAUAAUGGGCAAAAUAUAUAAAGAAUAGAGAAUAAUGAGGUGCUAAAAUAUAAAGAAUAGAGAAUAAUGGGCAAAAAGUUUAAAGAAUAGAGAAAAAUGGCCUAAAGCAUUAAAGAAUACAGAAAUGAAGGACCCCAUCCAGACCCUCGUAGUUUUUCAGAUCAUAUUAAUUUUUUUCUCAUUACAUACCAAAGUAAUGCAUCUACUUUUAUUCAAUAACUUUAUGAUGACAUUUUAUAUAGUUAAUUAUUUGGAUCCUGUUAUAUUGACAUGAAUCAAAUGAAUUUGUUAAAGAUUCUAUCACUGCAUAGAGAAGAUAUAUAAUUUUUUUUUUUAACUUUAGACACUUAAAUAACUAUGAAACUUGCCAAACUAUUGAAAUAUUUAAAAAUUUGACUGUUGAGAGUGAAAAAAAUUGUAUAGCAAUUAGAUACAGUAUAAAAAUCUGUUUCUUUAAUGAAUUUAGACAGGAUGUAUGAUUUCUUUGAGGACCAGUAAAACACACAUUGAUUUAAAAAGAAAAUAAACAAGCAGUCACUGGCUAAGUAUUUAAAAAUUAUUCUUAUCAUUGUCAAUCUACAAAUGAUGUUUGAAUAUGUCUUAGAUAUUUCAUAUUAUGUGUUCAUUUUUAAAUUAGAAAAAUUCUUUAUGAAUUAAAAUUGUGUAAAACAUGUAUUUAUUUAGUUGCAUUAAAUGAUGAUGUAUCAGACAUUGGAUUAAAAUGGCUGUCAGAUUAUUAAAAAGGGAUAAAAGUUAAAGGAAAACAAAUUUUAUAGCAAUUAUACCAAUUUAAUUCUUCUACAUCAUUUGUAAUCCCAAAAUACUAUUUUCCCAGAUUGACAGUUUAGUUUUUAAAACAAAGAAAUAAUUAUUUUUCAUAGUUUAACAUUAAUAAUUUUACAGAAAUUUUUCAGUACUUGUAGUUUUGUUUACAUGUACAUCUUAGAGGAGAAGCAAUAAAAUUGUGUGUGUAACUCUGUUGUACUUUUUAACAUAAAUUAUGUGGAUUUUUUUCCUUCAUCGUCCUGUAUUAACUUCAUAUUAUUAUCUUUUUUUUUUAAAGAUAUUUUAGAAAACAUUUAUUUUGUUGUAAAACAACAAUAAUAUCAGCAUAUUUUUACAAUGGUAUGUUUUUUGUUUGCUUGUAUUUCAUUCCAGUCGUUUUGUUUGUUAUGUUUUUAAAAUUCUGCUGUUAAGGUGUGCUGUAUUGACAGAGAUCAAAGUGCUAUGUUUUUUAUUUACAUAUCUCAUGUGAUAGAAGACAAAAAUACUGUUUAAAGAAAUGGAGAAUAUGCAAGGAUAUUUUCGUGUUUUUCUUUGUAAUACCUAGUAUACAUUUAAAUUCAUGAUCUUUCGUAAAAACAAUAUCAUUUCACAAAUUUACUAUUAAAUUGACUUUAUGAUGUAUUUUUAAGUUUCAUGUAUAUUCUGAGACAGGGAAAACAGACUUUAUAUAACAGAUAGCUAAUUUGGAUGUUAGAAAAGAAAUCUAUUACACACAUUUGUUUAAAAAAUUUGGUAUAUAUAGAUCAAAUGAGGAAGUAAAAUUAAAAAACAUAGUAUCACUUCCAAUAUAGAAGUAUUUCAUCAUGUGUUAAGAUAUGUAACAAUUUUUAAGAAAAUCUAGUCUACUAACAAAAAAACUUUUACUUGGCAAAAUCUGUUAUAUUUAUUGGUAUAACCCCAAAUGUUGACAAAAAUACUUUCAAUCGACCAAGAAAGAAUCCUGAAAUUGAAUUGAGCAAAGUUAUAUAUCUACAAUAUGUAAGAAAUAUGUAUAAACUGAAAUGUAAGUUCAAUCUUUGCUGGUAUUAUCUGAUGAAGGAUUUCAAAAUAAAUAUAAUUCAAGGCACCAGAUUAUAUAGCUGUAUUAUACAAUUAUUGUUUAUGAUACCAAUAGAUCCCUUCAUGUUACUCUGCAUAUUUAUUUUAAUUCAUUACAGAAUUUAAAUAUUUAUUGUAUAGAUACUUACUUUACUGCAAAAACUUUCUUUUAAGUUUUUUGUCUGCAUUUAUUUCAUAUUUUCCCAUUAGUAUGAUAGAUUAUAACUGCUUGUUGUUGCUAUGGUAAUUGUUCUCAUGUAGUAAGUCUUCAUUAUGCAUAAUAAUUAAAAAGUUUUGCAGCA